AUGUCUGUCCGAUGGGCGCCAUAUUGGAGCAGCAACUAUUGUUAUAAAUUGAGACGGGGCUGCUGCUGGCUGAGUUUACAUGUUUUUUGCGCGUUUGUUCUGAAAAUAUUUGGAUAUUUCUACGCAAGGUCAUGAGAGAGAUGUCAGCGACUGGUAACAGUACGCUUGGCGGGCAGCAGCCUCGGAAACAUUAUGGCAUCACAUCUUCAAUCAGCCUGGCAUUUCCCAGAGAGAUAGACCAUAUCUACACUCAGAAGCUCACUGAGGCUAUGAAACCAUUUGGAGUGUUUGAAGGUGAAGAUGAGCUCAAUCACAGGCUUGCGGUUCUUGGGAAGCUAAAUUCGUUUGUGAAGGAGUGGAUUUCUGAAAUCAGUGAAUCAAAGAAUCUUCCACCGUCAGCAGUAGCGAAUGUUGGUGGCAAAAUCUUUACGUUUGGGUCCUAUAGGUUGGGAGUGCACACAAAAGGUGCUGAUAUAGAUGCUUUGUGUGUUGCCCCACGUCAUGUUGAAAGAACAGACUUUUUUUCAUCCUUCUUUGAAAAACUAAAACGGCAUGAUGAGAUUAAGGACCUACGCGCUGUGGAAGAUGCAUUUGUACCAGUGAUCAAGUUCAAGUUUGAUGGCAUCGAGAUUGAUCUGCUGUUUGCCAGACUUGCUCUACAGUCCAUUCCUGAUAACCUGGACCUGAGAGGAGACUCUCUCCUCAGAAACUUGGACAUCAGAUGUAUUCGCAGUCUAAAUGGUUGUCGUGUUACAGAUGAGAUCCUAUAUUUGGUGCCUAAUAAAGAGAAUUUCAGAUUAACAUUAAGAGCGAUUAAACUGUGGGCCAAACGCCGUGGAAUCUAUUCCAACAUGCUAGGCUUUCUCGGCGGAGUUUCCUGGGCUAUGCUGGUGGCCAGAACAUGUCAGCUUUACCCAAAUGCUGUUGCCGCCACGCUUGUGCAUAAGUUCUUUCUGGUCUUCUCUAAAUGGGAAUGGCCAAACCCUGUGCUUUUAAAACAACCCGAAGACAGCAAUUUGAAUCUGCCGGUCUGGGAUCCACGGGUGAAUCCAUCAGACCGGUAUCACUUAAUGCCAAUCAUCACUCCUGCAUAUCCACAACAGAACUCCACCUACAACGUGUCCACUUCCACACGCACUAUCAUGAAUGAGGAGUUCAAGAAUGGUCUCACUGUUACAGAUGAAAUUCUUCAGGGUAAAGCCGACUGGUCCAAGUUGUUUGAACCUCCCAACUUUUUCCAACAGUAUAGGCAUUACAUUGUCCUCACUGCCAGUGCAUCCACUGAGGAAAACCAUUUAGAGUGGAUUGGAUUGGUUGAAUCAAAGAUAAGAGUGUUGGUUGGAAACUUGGAGCGAAAUGAAUACAUCACUCUUGCCCAUGUCAAUCCACAGUCUUUUCCUGGGUCAAAAGAGAAUCGCAAUGAGAAUGAUUUUGUUUCCAUGUGGUUUAUUGGAAUCAGCUUUAAAAAACUGGACAAUUCUGACUGUGUGAAUAUUGACUUGACCUACGACAUUCAGUCUUUCACAGAUACUGUUUAUAGACAGGCCAGCAACAUCAACAUGCUGAAGGAUGGCAUGACGAUUGAGGCUACACAUGUGAAGAAGAAACAGCUGCAUCAUUACCUGCCUCCUGAGCUGGUGCAGAGGAAAAAGAAGAGUUUGGGAGAUAUAAACCGGAGCUCAAAUGGUGGCGGGUCAAAGCGCUGCUCUCUGGAUAGCAGUCAGCUGGACAGCUCCAGGGACACAGACAUUGGCACGCCAUUCAGCUCUCCUACACCCAUCAGCAAACCAUGCCAGCCAGCCUCCACACCUGAAGACAAUAGUAGCCCACCCCAGCAUCCAGUUCUUGUGUUCAUGGACAGCCCACCAGCAUCAGAACUGUCUCAACCAAAACCAGAACAAGGAAUGUCCAUUCCAGUCAUCGGCUCCAAGCCCAUCACCACUCCAGUUGCCAAGCCCCCAACACCUCCAGCUGGCAACACUAUUCCUACAGUGGUGGGUCGCAGUGUAAUACCACGACUUGCCGCUUCCUCCCCUGAACUGGCCAACAGUGUAAAUGGAGCGCCAAAGAGACCUCACUCUCCAUCUCUGGAGGACCCACCUAAGAGGCACAAAGACACAGAGGUGUUCUCUGAUGACUCUGCGUUUAAAGAGCCGUAUCCUCCCUCUAGCAAUGGCUUGGAUGGUGACGAGGGACAAACAGUGGAGACUCUCGCAGAAACCAAAGCUAUGCCAAUACCAACAAUUGAUACAUCAAGAUCACAGAGACUCCCCAGCAAAGAGCUUCCCGAUGCAUCUUCUCCAAUCCCCACAAGCAACCUUCGCGUGAUUAAAAACUCAAUCAGACUCACUCUUAACCGAUAACAGUGAGUUUAUCCACAGGUUGUCCUUUAAAGAGUGGAACCCCUCUUGUAACAGCAGUGCUGCUUUUAAACUGCUACUGAUAUUUGGCCGGUCUUCCUGCUUGUUACAGAUUUAUUGUAAAGUAUGGACUUUUUUUUUUUUUUCUUCAGUUGUUUUUUUUUUAUGCUUUACUAUCAUAAUGCUUGCUUCAACAUCUCUGAGCUUUUGAAACCGCUUGUACAGUAGUUGUAGUUUGUAUAUAUAUAUAUCUUUAAAAACCAUUGUUAGUCUUUCUAUGCCUCAGUGUAGUUUUUAUUAACAAAAAAAGAGAAAAAAAAUUGUCCUGUUUGUCACUGUAUAUGAGAUUCGUCGUCGUUUGUCUUAAGGUUUUCCUUGCAGUCUUUUUCUAAUCGCUGUGUUGGUUCUGGUACAGUUUCUGGGAGGACCUUUUGUGUGGGGUGUGAAUGCGUGUGUGAGUGUGUAGAUGGACCAGCGUUAGUAACACAAAACCAUGACUCAUUACCUGGCAUAAACUCUGCUGCCACUUCAUAGUUUUGUUACCCGCUCUGUACAAAAGAGCAAAGUUAGAUCUGAGGUUUGGGUUUGUUGGGCCAAUAUUUUCAAGGCAGGUUUGGUUUUACAGUGAGGUUGCAGGUUAUUUGCGGGUCAGUGUUGGUUUUUGCGUGUGCAUGUGCAUGAUUGUAAUUCCCUUCAUCUAGGGCAUCACCCCUGCGCCUCCCAUGGAGGUCUGAAUGGCAGAGUCUCCCAAACUUCAAGAACAGAGACUAAAUGAGAUUUCUGCCCUCUUUCCAUCAUCCCCCCCCACCCUUAUUUGUUUUGCCCCCCCUUUCAUUUCCAAAAGUUACUGUCCUGCCCUGUUGGGGUGUACAGAUAAAAGACUUCUUAUUCAUUUUGGGGUUUCUUAACAUUUUAUUUAUUUGUACCAUUAUCAUUUUUUUAUAUCACAGGUAUUGCAGUUGAACAUCUAGAAAUUAAUUUCAUUGCUCAGUUCCAAUCUACCUGUUACCUUUAGGACAAUUUGCAAAAAAAUAUAUCUACUUGUCAUUCUUUUGUAGGGCAAAAGUUGUAUUUGAAAGGGUAUUUUUGUAUGUAAUGUAAACUGCCUUCUUUACAUUAAGAACAUAAAAAUUCACAAAACCCCAAA